CCCGCCCACUGCCGUUGACUUCACCAACUACCGAACCCGUCAGACUUAUUAAGAAGCUCUUCGCCAUCAUCUCCUCCGGCUCCUUCCUCUCAGUUUCCCCCCACCAUGCGAAGCGCCUCCACCUUCCCAUCCCCACCGUCCGAUCCCACCUGAUCCGACCCCAUCCCAUCCGAUGGACCCCAGCCGUCGGAUCAUCCCCACCCCCGAUUGCCCCGAUUGCUACGUCCUCUGCUCCUACCUCCCCUGCUUCCCCCCGUUCCCCCUCCCGCCGCCGCCGCCGCCGCUGCCGCCAUCGCAGUCCACCGCCGACACCACCACCCUCCACAUCGACCACCGCCACCUCCACCUCGCCGCCUCCGUCCUCCUCGCCGCCGCCCUCUUCCUCCUCCUCCUCUCCUUCUCCGUCGUCCUCCUCCUCCUCCUCCUCCGCCGCCGCCGCCGCCGCGCCUCCUCCGCAGCGAGCGGCGGCGCCGCCUCCGCCACGGCGGAGGGGGAGUGGGAUGGGGACGGGGAUGGGGACGGGGACGGGGAGGUGCACCACGUGUGGUACAUCAGGACCGUGGGGCUCGACGAGGCCACGAUCGCGUCGAUCGCGGUGGCGGAGUACAAGUCCGAGACGGGGCUCCUCGGCGCCGCCGACUGCUCCGUGUGCCUCGGCGAGUUCCGCGACGGCGAGCUCGUGCGGCUGCUCCCCAAGUGCGCCCACGCCUUCCACGUGGCGUGCAUCGACACGUGGCUGCGCUCCCACGUCAGCUGCCCCCUCUGCCGGGCCCGCAUCGUCGACCCCGCCCCCGCUGGGGUUUUAGAGAUCGGAGUCGGCGCCCGCGAUGUGUUCGACGAAUUGCCUGUGGGGGUUUUGCCCGCCGGGGACUCCGAAUCGUCGACGGUUGAUAGUGAUUUGGGAGAGAGUGGGUUGCAGCCGGUUCGGCGGUCGGUUUCCAUGGACUCGCCCUUCAUAAGCAUGAAUGUGGCCGGGAUGGUGGAUGAACAGGGAGCCGAUGAGAGUGGGAAGGAACCCAUUGAUCAAGAAGAGCAGAGCUCUAAAGAUAAGGAGAAGCAGGCGAAUCCUUCGAAAACAGCGUCGACUCAAAGGAGUUACCCUGAAAUUGGAAGAUCCUCGUCGAGCAGCAGCAGGGGGUUCUUCUUCUCUAGACAUGGACGCGCGAGGAGUUCCAUUCUCCCAAUGUGAAGUUGGAUGGGGGAACUCUUAUCCUGCUUGUGAGUAGGUUAUAGUUACGGAAUUUUGAUAGGAGGAGCAGUCUCAGCAAUCGGGAGCUGCUCGUAUAUACAAAUGUAAAAAGAGGUGAAGGCUUUCAAUAAAAGAGUUUCUCUUCAUACUUACUGGUGCUAGAAGAGUUACAAUAAUCAUAGUAAUAAGCUGAAUGAUUUCAUGUAUCAAUUUGGUGCUGUACCAAAAGAUCAGCUAAAAUAGCUGUAUCAUGCUUCAAUUUGGUCAAUGAAAUUUAAGUUGCAAAA